GUUUAUUUCAUGUAGUGGACCAAUAGGUUAAAGAUGUUUAGUUUAAAGUAUGACGAGGUAUUUGUACAUACCGGCAAUAUUCUUAAAAUGGGUGAUAUUAAGCUUAAAACUGGUAGUAAAUCAUCUGACGAGCUUUUAGUUGCUCUGAAAGGUACACUUGAAAAGGGUACAUAUGAAGAAUCUGAAAAACUUCUUAAAAUUACUAACUUGGAUAUACUAUAUGAGGCUGAUCCUAAAGAACUUGUGACUAGUGUCAAGGUGUUCUUAAAAACCCCUUCCAAAGAAGCUUUAAGGAAUGCUGUUGAGCAAGUGCUAAAAACUUUAGAAAAUUUGACUAUAGAUUCUCUCAUAAUCUGGUACCCGGAAACAAUGAUAGAAGAACCUUCUACGAAACUUUUGGAUAUAUGGACUGUAUUAGAAGAAUAUGUUCAUGAAGGUAGAGUUAAAAAUUUGGGAAUUGCUGAUUUAGAUACAAAAGUUUUUGUAUCACUUUAUAACAAAGUGAAGGAAAAGCCAUCUAUUUUCCAUUUGACUGUUCAAAAUUGCUGUGUAGUUCCUGUAGAUCUUCAGGAAUUUUCACGAGAACAUGAAAUUCAAUUGUUGACUCACAAUGAUCCUCCAGAUAUUCUUCCGGAAGAAAGCAUCAUGGAUGAAUUCAAGAACCUUAAUGUUUAUUGGAUUGCACGUUAUCAUAGUCAUGUCAAAUGUCGAGGUGUUUUAGUAAGCAAAGGUUAUCUCCUUUCAUUCCAAGCAUAAUUAAUUAUAAAAUACCGCGCAAGUGCCUUCAAGCAAACAUUCCAUGUUGAUUCUUGCAUUUCUCUUCUUAUUAUUAUAUUUUUUUUUGUUAUCUGUUUUAUAAUGUUACCUUCUAUUUGUGUUUAGAACAUUUAGUUAAUUGUAGAUGUAACUAUGUCAGUAUUUUUAAAUAGUUAUAUUGUUUUCUUAUUUCCAGAAUAAGCUUCUUUAAUUGCUUAAGAACUUCUCUUUUAAUGUUUUUCCAUACAGUUAAAUCUAAAGUGAAAGUGAUUUUCAGCUUUAAUGUUGUAUUAUACCAG